UUUUAAAAGAAAACAAAUUUGCAGAGAGCAUGUCAUGCAACAGCAGGUUGAACAAUUGCAGAAGGAGAGCAUGAACUCCUUUCACUGUGUAUAGAUAACCUUUUCGCUGCCUGAUGAAUGAUAAUGGUGUCCCUCUGAUUAUAAAGAUGGUGGACCAAAUUAAUCAUUGAUGAAACUAAUCAAGCUUGAUCCCAGUUUCACAAUCUUGAAUGUAUCCCAUUUAUUAUUAUCACAGCCACGAACAGAUGUGUUAGGCUAUUGGACUCUUUCACAAAGCUACUGACUCGGAUGAGAAGACUCAAGCUGCAAAGUAUCUGAAUUACAAAAGGAAAACUGUUUCAGAGGAUUGUCACCACUCAUUUCAGGCAAGACAUUGACUGAUCAUUGAGUUCAGUCAAAAGGCUUCAAGCGUUGACUAAUCUAUGUGGAAUUUUGACUACUAUGACAAUAUAGUAGACUUAAAAGAUGUUCGGCUGUUGUUAAAGUCUCUCAAAUUACAACAUUGCUCAGCCAUCCAGGCUGAACAAGACAAUGAGUGUCUGGUUGGCUGGUCCAGAAUGUGGCUAAAUCUAGGUUGAACACUUGCUUGAAGACAGUGAAUAUUCAGACUGAAAAGGCAAUAGUAAAAGAAAUCUAGUUGUUUACAAGAAGAAAUAUAAAUGAGAAAUAUCAUUACGGGCUCACCUAAAAUAAUUGGAGUCACGAAUAACUUCAGAUAAUUAUAUUGACUCCAUAGCGGUGUCAUAAGAGUAGAAUUAAAAUUCAGUGUUUUAGAGAUGCAGUGGACGCCUACCUUUACAUAAAAGACUGAGGAAUACACUUUAUCUCAACGAUGAGGUGAUGCAGGAGAUACACUGGAUUUUCUAGCCUUUGAUGUAAGCUUUUACUCGAUGUAUAUCUGCCAAAGUUAAAGUUACAUGCUACUCUUGUGGUAACUUCAUGGCGUAAUUAUAAUCAAAUGACAAUAUGUUAUUGCCU